AACGCGCCCCGGCUGCUCCUUUUUCUUUUUUCUUCUUCUUUUUUUUUUUUUUUUUUUUUUUUUUUCCCUUCUUUUUCCUUUUUGAGCCUCCAAAAGGCUCACUCGCCCCUUUCAUCUGCCGCCGCGGCCCAAUGGGAAGGCGGAGGCUGCCUGCAAGUGGUCUAAUCUCAAUGAGGUGUCAAUCAUGUUCCCCGGUGGGUGAAGUAAGGUCUUUUGUAACCGCCUCUGUCUUUGGGAAAGAGAGGAGAGAGGAGGAAGGCUGGAGCGGAGAGGGGGACGCCGGAUCGUGCUGCAGGAGAGGAGCUGAGCUUUGAGCUCGCUUGUGCGUUAGCAGGGAGAAGCGGAGCACAUGGAUUUCUAAACACGCUGGGAUUUUAUAUAUCUAUAAAAAAUAACAACAAGCGAACCUGACCCUACUGAAAACAGUCAAAUGAAUCGUAAUUGCAGAUCAAUGCAGAGAGAUGGGGAAACUUCACUCGAAACAUGACUUUCCUCCGGAUCUGCCUAGCUGCCGUUUGUAAACCCAGAGAAAGUCCAGAAGGUGAUAGUUUUGCGGUGAACGCCACUCUGGCUCGCAGAGGGCUGGAGGACUGGCUGGUGAAGCAGAAAUACUCCGGGGGCGGCAGCAGCUCGGGACUCCAGCACGGCUGCCAGCACCGCGCCGUGUGCAGGCUCUCCAGCGCCAGGGAUUUAUCUGGGGAAGGCUACAGAGACACUAUUGGUGAUGAACACUUUCAUCUAGAAGUGGCUUUGCCUCCAGAGAAGACAGAUGGAGUUUGCAGUGGAGAUGAAAAGAAAGCAGAAAAAGAAAGUGACACACGCACGAGUUCCAAGAAGCAGCUGAAAUUUGAAGAAUUGCAAUGUGAUGUGUCUGUAGAGGAAGAUAACAGGCAAGAAUGGACCUUCACACUGUAUGACUUUGAUAACAACGGAAGAGUCACACGUGAGGAUAUUACCAGCUUGCUUCAUACCAUCUAUGAGGUAGUUGAUGCAUCAGUAAACCAUUCUCCUAGUUCCAGCAAAACUCUGCGAGUGAAACUUACUGUGGCACCAGAUGGCAGCCAGAAGAAAAAGAGUAUCUUGUUGAAUCAUACUGAUUUGCAGAGUGCCAGGCACAGAGCUGAAAACAAAGCUAAUGAAGAAGCAAGAAGCUCUGAGAAGAAGCAGAGGGCUUCUCUCAGAUACCACCAGAGUGAGAACAAUCCAGAGCAAAGUGGGUGCUAUCGUCAUUGUGUUGAUGAGAACAUUGAAAGGAGAAACCACUAUUUGGAUCUUGCAGGAAUAGAGAACUACACAUCAAAGUUUGGGCCAGGAUCUCCUCCAGCAGCUCAAAAACAUGACCCACCAGGCAGAAUUGUGAAUCAAACUAGAUCCCGUUCUCAUGAGCCUGAAACCUUCUAUGUUCACCAUAGGAAAUCUCAAGUGGUGGAUCCAAACCACAUCAAUCUGGCUGAAAGUUCGUAUGCCAAGAUUGCAGAAAUCCAACAGAGGCUCCGGAACCAGGACUCAAACAAGCACUUUGUGAGGUCUCCCAAAGCCCAGGGUAAAAAUGUCGCCCCUGUGCAUCCUGGAAGGGCAGUUAGAAAUAAACCUUUUCAAGGGGUGUCCUUGCCCAUGGCUUCCCCAAGUGCACGGGUGGGCCAGAACCUCCCGUACCUUCCCUUGCAAUCCCAACAGAUCCACAAGAAGCAUAAGCAGAGGGCAAAGGAGAAUCACCAAAUGUGCAAAACCUUCCAGUCUCCAGGGACAGUUGUGGAAAAGGAACAUGUGAGAGACCUGCCCACAGUCAUUUUAUAUGAAGGCCAAGUGGGACAAAUGAUACAAAGACAUGAGCACCACCACCACCACGAGCACCACCACCACUACCACCACUUCUACCAGACAUAGAAGAGAUCCCACCAACAUCCUCCAAGAAUCAUCCCAAAUGAAGGAAAUGAGUUCUUGUGAUACCAGAACUAAGGCAUUACUAUGAUUAAUAUGAUCAUUACUCCAUUAAUAUUCAGCUAGCAUAUAUUUUAGAGGUUAUAUGGAACUCUUGAAACUCACCCUAUUUAUAUGUUGUGGAACCGCAUAGCUUACUCAAACACCUUGUGGAUUUUUUUUUUUUAAGUGGCUUGUAAAACAGCAAACAGCCAUAGCUUUUUGAGCUGUGAUUUAAUACAGGUCGUCAACGCACUUCUGUAAAAGUACUACUUCCAUUGUACUCAGAAAGAUACUUCAAACAGUCUUGCAGACAUCUAGCUUUCCACUCUGCUGUACGUCGGCUGAUCGCACACAAGCCUUUCAUCAGGGGAGCAAUGUUCGAAGGGUUGGACUCCAGAGAUACUCAGAUAAUGGAAAAUACAAACAGCUGCUACCUCUAGUAUUAUUCAGAUUUUAUUUUCUUUUUAUUGAUUGUAAUGUGCUACAGGGGGGAAAUUUAAUAUACUGUGUUCAUGUAGCCUGUUUGUGUUCACAUCCUUUCAAAUCAUCUUAAUUACAUGGAAAUAUUUGUCAAAUAAAACUUGUCAACAGGGCUACGUUUGUACAACUUACACUUUAUUUUCUUGGAGAUUCUUCACUGACAAAAGUACAGUCUGUUAUAUACUGGGUAAUAUUUAAAUAUACUUCUUUUAUUUUUGGUUUUUCUCUUGCUUAUUCUCCACUCUGUUUGGGGUAACCAUUUGAAAAGAGGAGGAUGUGAAAUGGGGUUUUCCAAAGCAUCACUAGAUUUUAGUGCUUGGGCUAUAACUAUCAUUCAUGGGGGUUUGAGAAGGAGAGGGGUUCAUGGAGGGGCGGGGGGGGGGAUUUGUUUUGUUUAAAUCCACAGUUCUUUGUUUUGAGAAAGAAUUGAGGAAAAUAUACUUUCUCACUUUAAAUGUUGGCAAAUAUAUAUAAAAUAUAAAUAUAAAUAUAUAUAUAUAAAUAUGCGCACUCUCAGGUACAUUUUGUUGUGUUUUAGAAAUCUGUGGUUUGAAUAUUAACAUUAUAUUUGUUUUUUCCACAACAGUGAUUUUUUAGAAACAUAUGCCAUGGCAUUUUCUUGGUGCCUCUGAUUUAAAUUCCCAAGCACCUAUCAAUUUGUGCUUCUCCUAUUUUAGAGACGUGUAUAAAAAAUAUCAUUCACAAUCAUUCUGGAUUCUUCUACUUUUUCCAUGUCAAAGGGCUUCCAUUCCAUGAAGGAGAAUCAGACCACACUCACAAGACCUUAAUGGCUGCUGAGAAAUUUGAAGGUCAAAAGAAAAUUGGAAAAGUGGAAAAAAAAAAAAAAAAAAAAAAAGAAGGGUUAGUACGUUCACGUUUUGCUUUCCGUGGAGCCCAGAUUUAUAAUAGAUUCAGUUGGGGUUUGUACAGAUCACCAUUUUGCAGGUAGAAAGUGACUGGAAAACACCUACAUUUCUUUUGGAACAUGAAAGUAGAGAACUCCUACAUCAAAACAUAAAUGUUCUAUAAAUGUAUUUGCUUUUGGUUUUAAUUAUUUUUAAUGUUGUGGUAUUUUGUCAAUAGUAUAUAUUGUAAAAUGUAACUAUCCGACGUUGUUAUAAGCCCUUUAUGAUUAGGGUAUUUUUUGUUUUCUGACUAGAGUUUUGAUCAGUCCAAAAUGGGGUAUUACCUUACUGCUGACCAGUUUUAGAGGGAUAUUGUCCUUUCUAAGAACACAGAGACAUCACCUUGUAAAGAACAGUGGGAAGCCUUGCCUUCUUGUGGAAUUGGAAUAGAAUCACUGCUUAAUGGUAAUUAGGUCCAUCUCUUGUCUCCCUGGAUCAGCAGAUGUUUAGACUUAUUGUCCCCUUUAAAAAAUCUGGUUUAUUAUAUUUUACUUUUUUUAGCUGUCAACAGCGUGUUCUGUAAAAUCUAACAAAAUGUUUUUAAAAUGUGUUUGAUCUGUGUGACAACUAUACUGUUCUGUUUAUUUUAAAAUUCCUAAAGUCCAAAAAUAUUUAUAUGCAGAAUUUUCUGUGUUGAAAAUAUGAAAAGGCCACGAAUUUGGUUAGUUACCACUGAGUUGUUCUAGUCUAAGCCUUUUUUGCUGCUUGUGUAUCAUUCUUUUUCAAUGUAUAUAUAAUUAUGGACUGCAAAAAAAAAAAAAGGCAUUUAUAUGUCUAGUAGAAGGAAUAAGCUUAUUUAUAUUAUAGUGUUAAAAAAGUCUGAUGUAUUCAAGUGACAUUAUACCGCAUGCAAACACACAGUGUACAUUCCAUCUAAGAAGGGAUGCCAUGCUAUUUGUUUUGAAGAAGUAAUUAAAGCUGUUCUCUUUUCAGUGGAGCAUAUGCCAGAAAGACUGAGAGGUGGAAAUUGUUCUUAGUCAAUUUUUUUUAAUGCAGAUUGUUGCUGAAAACCAGAAAACAUUCUGGAAAACUCAAGUGCUUUCAGAACUGUGGGAUUUUCCGAGAAAGGGCAGCAAAGGGGUAAAAAUGCUCCUUCACCCAAAGGUAUUUUGCUGGAAAAGAAAACAGCACCACUACCAAAAUCCCAUCUGACUGAGAAGUGUGCAGUACUGGCUGUGCCAGGUGAACUCUGACAUGGAACAUGACUGACCAUUGGUUACAGCUGGGCAUUGAUUUGUUUUGGCUUAUUAUAUUUGGACAUUCAAAAGACAGAUUCUGCCUUGCUCAGAGUCUGUGAAACACGUUUUAAUAACAUGGCAUCCCCUUACAAAAACUUUACACCAGCCAUGUAUGAAUAUACAGUAUCUAAAUACUGUGUUGCAGUUGUGUUAUGUGCAUUAUAAGUGUGAAUAACAUGUAGCACAGUUUCUUUUCACAGAACCUUAAAUUUCCGUAUCUUUUAAAUAUGUUUGCUUUUCAGUAUUUUGUAUAGUAAAUAUAGAUGGUUUUGACUAAAUGCUUUAUUUAUUUAACAGCAAAAACUGUGCCAAGAGAACCCCCUGUUAAUUAAAGUUUUACUAGUUCAGAAAA